AUCUUAUUCAUCCAUAUACCAAAAAACAAAACAAGCUCUUCUUACAUGUUCCAAACACAGACCAAAAGCCAUGACAAGAAACCUAGUCCGAGAUGAUUCCGACUAUGACAGCAGCUCCUCCUCCAUCACCGUCCCCGAAUCCAGCCGCAGCUGGAUGACCAACCUCAGCUUCGGCAGCCGCCGCAGCUCCAUCUCCGAGUCCUCAUUCUCCAACUCAUUCAAGCCACACAAGGCCAACCAGGCUGCCUGGGAAGCCAUGAACCGCCUCCGUGCAGCCGAGAAGCCCGGCGGCUCUGUCGGGCUCCACAACUUUCGGCUUCUUCGUCGGCUUGGCAGCGGGGAUCUUGGGAACGUUUAUCUUUGUCAGAUUAGAAAUGUGAGUGCUUUCGGGCUUAAGUUUCCUCAGUGUUAUUAUGCUAUGAAGGUGGUGGACAGGGAGGCUCUGGCGAUAAGGAAUAAGCUGCAGAGGGCAGAAAUGGAAAAGGAGAUUUUGGGCUUGUUGGAUCAUCCUUUUUUGCCGACUUUGUAUGCGGAGUUUGAGGCUUCGCAUUAUUCUUGCUUUGUUAUGGAGUUUUGUCCGGGUGGUGACCUCCAUGCUGCCAGGCAACGACAGCCCGGAAAGCGGUUUUCCAUCUCCGCUGCCAUGUUUUAUGCAGCGGAAACACUGCUAGCGCUGGAGUAUCUGCAUAUGAUGGGCGUUGUUUAUAGAGAUCUUAAGCCAGAAAAUGUUUUAGUUCGUGAAGAUGGUCACAUUAUGCUUUCGGAUUUCGAUCUUUCUCUUAAAUGUGACGUUGUCCCGAAGCUUAUUAGACCUAAACCUGAUCAACAAUCAGUUGACAACAGGGUGUUGAAGCAUACUACCUCUAGUGUCCGUUCUUGUGCCAUAACAAUUCCGAUGCCUCAGUGCGUGAUGCCCAUGCAGCCAGUCCUCACUUGUUUCUCCAAGAAGACCAAAACCACAACAAUUACGGAGCAAAUAGGCGUUCCUGCUGUAACAGAAUACAGUCCUGAAUUGGUGGCUGAACCGAUCAAUGCCCGUUCCAAGUCGUUUGUUGGGACUCAUGAGUACCUGGCACCCGAGGUGAUUUCAGGACAAGGCCAUGGGAGUGCAGUGGACUGGUGGACAUUCGGGGUGUUUUUGUAUGAGCUUCUUUAUGGUGUAACACCUUUCAAGGGAGAAACCAAUGAGAAAACUCUCAUCAACAUACUAAAACAACCACUCGGGUUCCCCAGACUCGGAUUCAGUACUAGUAAAGAAUACGAAGAAACUGUAAAAGUCCAGGAUCUUAUCAGCAAGUUAUUGAUCAAGAAUCCAAAGAAGAGGAUAGGGAGUUUAAAGGGGUCUGUGGAGAUUAAGAGGCAUGAGUUCUUUAAGGGUGUGAAUUGGGCCCUGAUCAGGUCAGUCAGGCCCCCUGAGGUUCCAAGUGAUGUCCAAAAGAUUAAGAGCAGAGGUGUUCCAGUUGCUGUAGUGCCAAAGCUGAGCAAGAAACAGAGGGAGGCACCAUACCAGAUUCCUCACCAUUUUGACUAUUUUUAAUUACUGUAUAUACUUACAUAAGUCUUAGAUUAUUAGAAUGUCAAAGUUCAUAUUAUGCAAUAGUAAAUUAGUAAGAUCACCUAGCUAGCUUGGUUUGACAUCAAUGAGAGAUCUGUGUGGUCUUAUAUCAUUAGCUUUUCUUUGUGUGGAGAGUUGUUUUAGUUCUUCCUUGAUAUAUAAUGUAAUACCAUAUUAACAAAAACCUGUUUUCAAUAAUUUGAAUAUAUAACACGUUUUUCGAAGAACUGAUAACUUAACAUGAUA